UUGCAUUCAACCAGCAUGAGCUCACGGACAACCGCCCUCACUAUUGCUGGCCUCUCGGUCUGCGGUCUGGUGGCAUAUGCCGCGUACUUUGACUACAAACGUCGAACUGACGCCGCAUUCCGCAAGACUCUGAAGAAGCAAAAGAAGCGCGUGGACAAGUCCCUCGCACAGUCUAAACAGGCUGCGGAAGCGGCUGCUUAUGUUACGGACGCUCAGCUUGCGGAGGCAUUGAAGUCAAUCAAGAGCCAGCCUCCACCUGCCACCCGGGAGGCCCAAGAGGCUCACUUUAUGGAGCAGAUUUCGAUGGGAGAGCAGCUUUCGGUUACCGGCGAAGCUUUCUACCUACCUGCCGCAUUAGCAUUCUACCGGGCGCUGACCGUGUAUCCGUCUCCCUCCGAACUGCUCGGGAUCUACCAAAAGACAGUCCCUGAAGCAGUCGUCAAGCUCGUGCUCCGCCUUGUAAACCUUGACGUGAGUUCUUCUACACAAGACUUGGGCAUCGACGAUACGGAGGAUGUGAGCCCUGUCCGGGCGGCGUCCGAGACGUCAUCACAGGACUGGGACCGAGUCACCGAUCCUGGGCAUCCUGCUCCGUAAGCCACAAAAACCGUAGCCACUGCCCCGAUAUACAUCCUCCCCAUCAUCCAUAUAUGCUGCUUGAACUGUUCUAAUACAUCCACUUUUGGGGAAUUGCUUUCUUGCUUAGAUCGUGCCCAUGAUCGAAGCGUUCUACGCCAGUUUCCCGCCAAAGUCGACGCAUGUGUCUAUCCAGCCGCGCGAUGAGAAGCUUCCGUCGGCUGGACCUGUCAAAGUGCUUGUGCUGAAUGAAGAUAUUGAAGCGGGGCAGAUAAUCUACACGGAACAUCCGAUGUUGACGUCAUUGGAUUUCGAUCUGCAAGCUGCUGGGACGCACUGCUUCCAAUGCUUCAAAGAGCUCAGUGACCCGGUUUCAUUGACAUCUGCCGCUGGUGACAAAGCUCUCUUCUGCUCUACAAAGUGUCAAAAUGCGGCCAAGUCCCAGUGGCAUUCAUUCCUCUUCACCGUCGACCCACCGAUCCCUGGAGUUCCCGAGUUCGCCCAGCUUGCCCCCACACCAGAGGGGCUCGAGGCGCGCCGCGAAGCGCAGUCCAAGUUUGCCGCGUACCUGAACAAAGACCAGAAAGCUGUUUCCUCACUUGUCGCCAAGUUCAUCGCGCGGCAGCUGACUGCUGCCGGGCAACCGCACGCGGAGGACGACUAUGCCCAAGCGGACGGCGCGCAGAAGUACGCCAUCGAAGACUACGUCGAGCGCUGGACCACCGGCAAGGGGGAGCCGUCCGAGGAGGAGUUCGGCUUGUUGGUCAAUCUCAUGCGCAACACACUUCCGGGGCUGGAGGCAUUUCUCCCUCAGGACGGACACAAGUCCCUGUGCGGGAAGCUCGCGUUCAACGCCUUCGGGGUCACUUUCGGCGAGGGAAGAGAAGAUCGACCGGCGUCGACGCAUCGGCCCGAAAACACCGAGAUCACGCGCACGGCAGCUGGCACAGAGCGUCAGACUGGCACAGCACUCUACUCGAUAUCGACGUACUUGCCGCACUCCUGUGAGCCCAACGCGCGAGCCACGUUCCCGAACGGAACGUCCGAGCUGCACUUAGUCGCAGCCAAAGACCUCAAGAAGGGCGAUGUGCUCAGCGUUGCGUAUGUCGAUGUCACUCAGAAGGCGGACGAAAGCGCCAGCGACUGCCGUCUGCGGCGGAGGAAAGAGAUUGCCCGGGGAUGGAAGUUCCCCUGCGAGUGUUCUCGCUGCCUGGCUGAGGCACAGGCCCAAAAUUAGAUGCCAUGCCAUCAUUUAUUCUUGUAAUACACGACCUUCAGUCUAAUAGAAUAUCCCCGCUCCUUGCCGUGUCUGUUUGAUCCGUUGGAAAGAAAAAGACUGCUAGUACUCAUCCGAAUGCUCACAUUCCAGACGAAGUAUGAUAUUAAAGUGCUAGGAUAGCAAUGCACAGAUAAACACUGGCAUUCGCGACUAAUCACGGCUACUUCUUGAUCGACCGUACCUGGUCACGCAGUUUGUCGUUCUCCAUCUGCAGAUUGUUGAGCUCUUCCAUCAGAGCCAUCUGCUGGCCGGACCCCGCAUUCCUCACAGCAUCGACCUCCGUUCGAGCUGCUUCCAGGGCAGCUCGCACCUCGGUCAACUGCCCCUCGAGUUGCCGACGGACCGCUUCUGGUGCAGCUGCAGCCUCCUCAGCGAGAGCAAGGGUCUUAGCGCUAAGCGCAUUGUUGGCUUCCGUCAAUUGGAUGCAAGUGGCUGCCUGAUCAGCUGCACUCGCUUCCACAUCCCGCUUCUCGCUCAAGACCCGCUCGACGUUGUUCUCCAACUCGGUGACUUCACUUUGCCUGGGAGUAAUGGAUCGAGUUCAUCAAGUUGUAACUAGGAUCUGAUAACAAAGGCACUCACAAGGCGGAAACUUUGGUAGUCAAAUCCAUAUUGCGCUCCUCGAGUGUGCGGACCUGUUUCUGGUACGUCUCCAAGGCAAGAUUGCCCUCUUGCGCAAGUUUCUGGGCGCGCUCUGCGUUCUUCUUCAACAGAUCAUGUGCCUGCGCGAAUCGGAUGAGUCUCUCGAUCAAAGAUCGGUCGUCCGCAAUGAGAGCCUGCACUCGCGCGGCGAAUGCUACAAAAGUGAAUGUGCCUCCUACGGAAGGGUUUGGACUCGGCGGUGCUCGCGGAUCAUACAAUGAUUUCAGAGCCCGUACGUCCAGCUCCGAAAGGGAUCCCGGAGGAUUUGGGCUGUUCGGAGAACUAUUCGUCGGCGACGUUGGCCCGGAGCCAGCCCGGAAAGCACGUUGUUGGGAAAAUUUAGCUGCCCGUGCCUCAGGAGAUGGAAGGAUAGCCCAAAUGGGCUGCAGCAAAGCUAUGAUUUCUUUGUUGUCCGCAGUCUCCACUUGGGCCGGGGGCGAUAGUGACGGCACAUCAGUCUAGAUACAUUUCAGUGGACCAACUCGAGGAAUGUACUGUUUUCGUACCUUGACACGCAAUUCCAUUGCCCUCAACUCGUUCCGUGCCUCUUCUCGCUCUCUCCUGGCCUCUUCAAUGUCUCGUGACAAGGCUUCUCGCUUGUCCCAACCAGCGCGUACAUCUUCCUCGAGCUUGCGCCGAACAGUGUCCCAUUCUGCUUGCGCAGACGCAUGACUGUCAGCAUUGGCGGCUAGACCCUGCACAUGUGUUCCAAUCGUAGUCACCAAUGCCGUAAUCGAAGGGUUUCGUGCAUAAAGUGGAAUGCUAUGUGUCGCGAUCAGCGCCUGAAGUGCAGCCGUACUGUCGUCCAGCUCUGUUUGCAGAAGUUUCAAAGCAGCGGUAUCCUCGGCUCGAAUUCGAUCCGAUUCUUCCUGCAGACGGGCGAGGUCUUCCAGCCGUUCUUCUUCGACAGCAUUCCUCUCUUGUGUCAGUGACUCCCUCUCCUCGUCGAACCCUCGAACCAACUCUGCCCGCUCUUGAUCCGCUCUUGCCCUCUCUGCUUUGAUCAAUGCAUCAACAUCCGGGCGGGCCGCUUCCAGGGCGGCGAUGGUUUCCUGAGCGCGUAGCAGUUCCUCGGCGCCAGCAAUAUCUGUUUCUGCGAGCGCAGCUUCCCGAGCCCGAUUGGCCUCCGUAGCUCGGUCUGCUUCGGCACGAGCAACUUCCUCGGCAGCUUCCUUUUCUGCACGGGCGGCAGCAAGGUCACGAACGAGCUCAGCCUGUUUCGCACUAGAAGCGGCAAGUGCCUCAGUAGCACGGGUGAGCUUCUCCUCGAGCUCCAUGACGGCUGCCGCAGGAACUAUCUUGCUAAUGUUGCUAUUGGGAAUCACGCUGCUCUCGUGUCCGGCGAAGAAGUGUGCGCCGUCGAAACGAGUGACGGUCGAUCCGCUCGGGCUGUGAUGAGGCGUCGUGUAUCCAGAGUCGUUAUGCGUGGAGUCGUUCUUGCGUUCCAUGGAGCGCACAGAGUAACUGAGCACGCCAGCACGGUGUUCGAGCAGACGGCGGUUGACUUCAUUUGUACGUUCCGUGAUACGCUGGAGCUCUAGCUGAACAGCAGCGACGCGUUUGUUCGAUGCCUCCAGCUGCUCUUCUGAUUGUUUCGACACCGUCUUGUGAGACGCAUUGACUUUACUGAGUGAGAGAGCUGCGUCACGGAUCUUCGUCUCAAGCGUCACUUUCUUGGUCAAAGAGCCUUGACGGGUCAUGAGAGACAAUUGUUCCUGCAGUCCUUUAGACGAUGCAGGUUCUGCGGAAUGCGAGCAUACCUUCUUUAGUUCCUCAACUUCCUCUGAGCUCAAGAUCUCGAAAUCCCGACUAUCUACAACAGCUUCACUUGCGAGAAGACUGAUUAGAAGCUCGUCGCGCCUGUUAGCCGGUGGUUGUGACGCGGUGCGAGAUCUCACAGGCCUCGUGUUCGGCGAGGACAUGCGGGAGAGUGACGACGGAGAUGAUGGUUUGGGCGAUCCGCUGAGUGGGGGCCGCUUGGACUGGGACCUGGAACGUACGGGAGAUCGUGGGGUCUCUGCCUCCUCCAGCUUUUCCUUCCUGAGAAGAAGUGGCGAGGUGAUUGGUGAGGGAGGGUUGGAGCCCGAGGACGGCAGUGGCGGAGGCCAUGUUGGAGCACCUGGCUUGAGCGGCGCCUCAGAGGUAGGAGGAGACGCAGUCCCUCCAGUCCCUCCCGUGGCAGAUGCCAGGAAGCGGCGCACCCCGCCGAAUCCGUUCAUGGACGAAGACAAG